AUGCUUGGUCCUGAAGCUCUUCCUGCUAUUGAUGAUCUCUUUGCUCACAUUGGGCAUGAAGUCUUGGCUGUUGUUGGCCUUGAGGAUGAGCCUGCAAUAUGGGGGAAGGCAAAGCAGUCUGCUGAUGCUGACCACUGGCUCACUGGCUAUUGUGAUGAACUUCAAUCCUUGAAGAAUAUGGGAGUUUAUAAGCUGAUUUUAUGCUCCACCAUUCUCCAAGAUCACAAGAUACAGAAGAGCUGGCCCAUUUUUAAGAUCAAGAGAAAUGAAUGUGGUGACACUGACACUCAGCAAAUCAAUGUUAAAACUGUCUUCUUAUAUGGCCUUUUGCCUGAUGAUGAAGUUCAAUAUAUGGAGCAACUGAAGGACUUUGAAGAGAUUGUGAAAGAAGACUGA